CUGACAGGUCCGUUGUGAUUUUUUUUCCGACGCUGUGGGUCUGCUUUGAGUCGUUACGGCUGUUUUUUUUUUUUUAAACAAUUUUAUCGCUUGCCAAUGGAUGCUCACAAUCUACGUCUGUCCUAGAGGGCUAAUUUUAAACGCAUUUUCGGCUUCUCCCAGUCAGUCCAUGGCCGAUCAGCAUGAGUCCAUCGACCUCCGGUCUCCUCCAGUGGACCCAUCAGCAGCUGCAGGGCACAGCUGGUUCCCGGGGCCCCCUCCGCCCAUCUAUUCCUGCACCCUGACCCCUGAACUGGUGGCCAAGGCACGGGAGGAGCUCCAGGAAAAACCAGAGUGGCGUCUCCGGGAUGUCCAAGCUCUGAGAGACAUGAUACUGAAGGAACAGCCCAAUCUCAGGACAAGGCUGGACGACGCCUUCCUCCUGCGCUUCCUGCGGGCCAGGAAGUUUGACUACGACCGUGCCCUGCAGCUGCUGCUCAAUUACCACGCAGGUCGUAAAGCUUGGCCAGAGGUGUUCCAGGACCUGAAGCCAUCCACAGUAAAGCACGUCCUGGACCUGGGCUUUCUCACAGUCCUGCCGCAGCCGGACCCCAACGGAAGAUACAUCCUGUGUCUCCGACCAGGAAAAUGGAAACCAAAUGAUUAUCCAUUUGUUGACAAUGUGAGGGCCAUUUAUCUGACUCUGGAGAAACUUAUCCAGCCGGAGGAAACGCAGGUGAACGGCAUCGUCAUCUUAGCCGACUACACCGGAGUGGGAAUGUCACAAGCAUCCAAUCCAGGCCCGUUCCUCGCCAAAAAAGUUGUGAGCAUCCUCCAGGAUGGGUUUCCAAUCAGAAUCAAGGCUGUUAACAUAAUUAACGAGCCCAGGAUUUUCAAAGGCAUCUUUGCUAUAAUUAAGCCGUUUCUGAAGGAGAAGAUGGCAGAGAGGUACAUCCUCCACGGCUCCGACCUGCGCUCUCUGCACCGUAACAUCCCCCGCUCGGUCCUGCCGGAGGAGUACGGUGGCACCGCGGGCCAACUGGACAUGUGUGCGUGGUCCAGGCUGCUGCUGGACUGCGAGGAGGAGUUUAUAGUGGAGUUUUGCCAGCCAGAUCCACUAGAGGGCGUGGUGCUCCCAGACUCCAUGCUGUUUGAAGGAGAGCAGACCAGUGGGCAGGAUGACGACACCUUUAGGGGGCUGCGCUCCCAACUUUACUAUUGUUACUGAUGCACACUGUAGAUGCGUAGACUUCCAUCGCUGAGAGGACAGUUUGUGUGUCAUCUGAAACAUGUGUGUAGACCUUUAUAGGGCAAGUUGCCAAUAUUAAACAUGAUUUAUUUUACUAACAAAGCAGCACUACUUUAGGCAGGUUGUCUUCUCCAAUUUACACAUAGCCCAGCAUUCAAUCAUGGUUCCAAGGCAGCUGCAGACUCAUGCAAAGAGGCUUUUGACAUGAGCCGGUGCACGUUUAGACUUUAUUGGUGACCUCUACAAAUUGAUUUCUGGUAUUUACAGUAAAGGACAGCUUCACAUUUUUUUUCAACAGUCAGGUUUUGCUCGAUGUAAACAUUCCUCCUGCCCAUACUGGCCAUUAAAAUACGCCUUCGUAAUGUGCUUCCAAUGUCAGAGAUAUGGAGGGGACGGAUCCACGGUCCUCAUUUUGUGUUUAGCUGAAGCUAAUAUGAGGCCUCAGCUGAAUGAAGCGGGCAUCUGCUUAGUUAGUUUUGGGUUCAGAAUUCCCUAUUUAUGUUCUCAGCUGUCCACAGCAGCACAGCACUGAAACAAAAACACAAUAUGAAGCUGCAGAAGCCUCAUAUUAGCUUUAUCUGAACUUUGAAAUCCAUUUUUAUCUGGAAUGUGCAUUUUUUUUUUCACCCAUCUCGUCCUUUGAGAGCACGUUAAGAAGGGCUCUCUAAAUGGCCAUGAUGAACAGAAGGACUUAAUACGACAAGCUACAACUGUUUUAAUGUACAAAUGGGCAUGAGUGUUGUUUUAGGACAAACAUGUGAAAUACAAAUCUAUCACUUAAUGUUUUCCAGAGGAAUAAUUCUAAAAACAGCUUCUCAAACUCACAUCUCUUCGGUUUGACUGGUAUCUGCAAACUGACAGUCACAGACUGACAUUAGUGCUUUGUCUGUACAGUUACAUCACCCUUCAGCUGAUCAAAGAAAAAAAAAAUGGAGACAGUUUUUGUGUUGGUAACCAUCUAAUACAUUGCCUUAAACUGUUGUUAAUCAGUAGAUUCACCUAGGGAUGCAUCAUAAAUCCUGUUGGAUUUGUGUGUACCAAAGCAAUAUUUGUGUUUAUUGUCAUCAGGGAUUGUUUUACAUAAGGGUGGAUACACAUCGGUGUCAGUAAGUAGAAGUAGGCGGAGAGAAAGAGUAAUGUCAUAGUUUCACCAGUAAAUGUUUUUAAUUCAGUAUCUCGCUCAUACACAGUAUUUCAGGGCCUUUGUUUAUCUGAUGCUUUAGUUUUCUCUGGCUUGAAUCUACUGAGAGGAUUAUUUUUCUAAGAUAAUCUGCCUUAUGUUUUUUUGUUAACCUUUUUUGACCUGUUUGCCUGUGUUUCAUUGCGCGGUCUUAACACAGGGCCAUUACUGAUCACAGGACUCGGAACAUUCGGUCCUGACUCUAUAGAGACCUGGUUUGCCAAACUUUACACCAGGCCAUGUACAGAAAUGUGCAAUAAUGUUGGAUCUGUUUUCAUGUGGUAGCCCGACGCUAACUUGAAUCAUUUUGUUCGGUCUUUUAUAUUUUUAUUUUAAGCAUGUUUGUGACUCUAAGCUGUAUUGUGUUGCAGGAUAUUUAUCAUUGGUAGUGUGGACAGUAAAGUAAAACUCAAACUGAGAAAGUG